GAUAGCUGACCAGUGGCAACGGCUGUCAACGCACGACGUUAGUUUGACGCUUGAAAAGCGCAUCAUCAAACCGGUAUUGAUAUUUUCAACGGCCCACAGUUUUGGUACAAAUUGGUGAAAAUAAUGGAAAAUUAAAUUUUCGAAAAUUACUUAAAAGCGCUUUUCAAAAGUGACUAAGUGCGGUUUGUGCUUGUAUAUGAUGGCUUUCGAACGACAAUAUUGUCUGAAGCACGUUAAAGUUUUGUAGAAAACCCCCGUGCACGUGCAAAUAAAAUCCGCAGUAGAGUGGUGUGCUCAAACGUGAGUGUGUGUGUUUGUUAGCUGCGUAUAAAGUUUGCGGCACAUACAGCUCUAUAAUACCGAAUUGCUAUAAUUCUGCGUGAUAGUGCGUUAACGUUGUGAGUCGCGGCUUUAAAACGUUCUUACUUAAUUUUUUCCUUUACAUCCUGUACCCAUCGCUCUUCCACAAAUGGUGGACGUGUGCGGUAUUCAUGCGUUUCGUGCGUGUUACGUUGUUUGCUUUUGUUUUUGUAGCGAUAUCUGUUAGCAUUAAAACGUCAAGAGCUGUGGCAGCAGUGCGACUUGAAAAAUAAGCAAAAAGGCAUAAACGCCAAAAGUAUGCUAUAGAAAUAUGAACACUGUUAUUGCGAAAAACAAAAAGCGCGUUUUUGAAAAAGUAUAAUAAACAAGAAAAAAGCAACAACAAUUACAACUUGACACCUUUUUGCGCACACAUAAAUCAAAUAGUGCAUCCGCUUGCGUGUCACGCGUGGCACGCUUACCAAAGCAACCUUCUACACAGUGCAGCGUGAAAAAAGUGCAGUUGUACGAUUCGCAUUCGCAUUCACAAUCACAAUCGCAUAUUCGUGCUGCCGUUCCGGUUGCUGCAACACAAAUAAAGCAAGUUCGCAUUUAUUAUUCAUAAAGUCAAAUACUUGUGUGCAAAACAACAGCAGCAACACGCAGCGCGGUGUAACGGCGUGUAAAGCAGCGAGCAGCAGCAGCAGCAGCAGCAGCUAUAUGAAUGUCUAAAACAAAUAAACACAGCAAAUAAAAACAAAUAAAAAACGCACUUGAGUGCGAGUUUUGAGUGUCACGCCUGCGAGCAUAUUUCGUUUGCAUACUUUUCAGCGUCCGGUCGGCUUUGUUGCCAUACACACACCUAUACCCAUAUAUAAGUGUAAGUGUAGCAUUGUGUAGGGAAACGCAGCGCGUUGUUAACCUAAAUAUGCACGACGAGCAAAAGGCGCAAAAAAUCGCAAAAAAUCGCUAGCAUGAAACGGAAAUAAUGGCAGAAAGUCAAAAAGCUGUGCCACAUAAAGUGUCAUUGCCAUUUGUGUUGUUGUGCGGCGCAUAAGAAAGUUGUGUAAUAGUAAUUAAUAUAAAUGUAAAUGCCAUAAAUCACAGUGUGCUAAAAAAACUGCUAGAAGCUGGCAAAAUUUCCCUUACAAAUGUGUCCUGUUUGAUUUGGAAAGCGUACGCUUGUGUUGCAUAUAGCAUAGCAUAGCAUACAAUAUAAUAAAAAAUACAUAAAUUGUUAUCUGUGUCAACGGAAGUGUGCGCAGUUAAAUUUUAAUAUUUACUGCAUAAUAAAUCAGCGCAUUAUACUUUGGUUGUGUUCGAAUAUGAAUUAACAAAGAAAUUAUUUAUCAGUGUCAUGUAAAAUACAAAAAAAAAAAGCUUAAAAUUCUGGCAACAACUGUGAAUCAAUGGACUUUAUACGAAAUUCAAGCACCAGCAAAUAGAGUUAUCAGAAAAGCAGAUUAUUGUGGAUUUUUGGUGACAGUGUUGAAAACUACUUAAUGAAGUAAUUAGCGCCAGCUGGAGGCAAGCAAAAACAGCACAGUCAUUUUGAAAUCGCCAAAAGAAGCAAGACGUUGCGUACGCAUAUGGUUGGCAACACCAAAAGUCAUAUCGAGUUACUAAGAAAUCGCAUAACAAUUGCAACUGAUUAUUUGGAAUGCGAAAAUAAAUUGUUGCAUGCAUAUCUACGAAUGUGACGGCAAAAAACGCACAACCGAUGCGGAGUUUGGAAAAAACACACAUAGAAGUGUAUGUGUGUGUGUGUGUGUGUGCGAAAUUGCAUAACAAACUCAUUUAUCAAAUCAGGAGGAUAGUGCGAGCCCACAAAAAACACGCGAACUGAACAAGAAAUACAAAUAAGAUUACAAGCCGAGGCGAAGAUUCAAUGCAAAUAAAAACCAACUAAAGUACUUGUGCUCGCUACAAAUGAUAUUAAUGCCACAAAGCAGCAAGUGAGCGGGUGAGCGGAGCUGAACGGGCGCGCAAUAAACGAGCAAAUUGGGGGAUGGUAGCAAAACGCAAGGGCAAAGGCACGCAGCUGAAGAAGUGCUUCGCACACACAAGAAAUUGCAAGCAUAGCGAUUUUCACAUGAAAAAUGAUGUUUAUAUGAAAUUAUGGUGAAAAACAUGAAAUUCGAGUUAUUGCAUACGAGCUAAAGCGCCACAUUCAAUGCAAUAACAACACAUUAUUAGGUCAAAUAAAAGGAAAAAGGAAGCAGAAAGAGCACUGGAAAGCAGAAACGCUAACAAAGCAACAGAUAUGGUUGCAGAAGUGAAGGAGGGGAAGUGAAAAGCGCGCGAUGACAAGAAAGACGUUAUGAAAAAAUGCUAAUGUAAUAAGUGUAACAUAGUGAAAAGAGUCGAAGAGAGCACAACAGCAAUAAGCAAAGUAACGGCAGCGCCAAAAAAACCUUGCCGACAUACAGACAUUACUGCCAAAAUGAAAGCACUGGCCACAAAAAGCAGAAGACUUCCAUACUAAGAAAGGAGAAAGGAACAAAGCUGGAAGAGUGUGCAGAAAGUGAAAAGGCAAAUCUGCACUACCAGCAGAAGACAUUAUUGUCACGACAAGCAAUACGAAUAUAAAUAACGUAUAGGGGGCGUGCCAGAAGUAGGCUACACACGAGAAACAUAAGAACGACAGCAGUUUUGUAUAAUUUAUCAAAGCGGCAGUGUAUUUCUUGCAUAAAGCAUAAGAAAACAUAUAAACACAUACCUUCAAGCAUAUAUGCACGUUAUUGAAAGCACCGUUAUAACGGCGCGGCAAUGCAAAAUUUAUGCGCCACACUUAUCGGCCGUGCUUCUUGCGACGACUUCAGUUCAAAAACACAUUAACCCUAAUGAGUGAGCGUAUCAGCACACUAGGCGAGACCAAACUAUCACAACAACAAGAAGAAGUGUGAAAACUUACGACAUUACACGCGCUUAUCAGCGGGUGUCUACUCGGCUGUCGCUGCUGCGCCAACGUUUCGUCGCGUAUUUUACAAACACAAAUGUCACCGAUAUUAAUGCCAAUGCACAUGCUGGAAAUUCGGAUAAUACUACUUUGCCUGCCAUCGAUACUACUGGCGACGACGCUGGAGCCAGAACAAAAAUCAAUACUCACCGAUAGCGACUGGAAGAAGCUAUGGAUGCGAGGCGGUAUAAAUCCCGAUUCAAAAUUGGAUAACAAUCUCGACACAAGUGACAGUCCGAUGUUCGAGGAUAGUGAGAUGGCGCACAACACGACCGUCCAGUUGGGUGGCACCGCAUUUCUGGUUUGCAAAGUGUCCGGCGUGGAUAGAGUGGGUGUAAAUUGGAAUCAAAUAUCUUGGAUACGUCGACGCGACUGGCACAUCCUUUCGUCCGGCGCUCAACUCUACACCAACGACGAACGGUUCGCGAUACUGCACGCGCCCGGCUCCAACAUGUGGACGUUGCAGAUAAAGUUCGUGCAGCGGCGAGAUCACGGCAUGUACGAGUGUCAGGUAUCAACGCCGACAGGCAUCAUUUCGCAUUUUGUGAAUCUGCAAGUGGUCGUACCCGAGGCAUUCAUACUGGGCUCCGGUGAGCUGCACGUCGACAUGGGAUCCACAAUAAAUCUCGUCUGCAUAAUUGAAAAGAGUCCAACUCCACCACAGUAUGUAUAUUGGCAGAAAAACGAUCGCCUUAUUAACUAUUACGACACGAGGCGUGACAUUUCAAUCGAGACCACACCUGGACCACGUACACAAAGUCGCCUCAUCAUAAGAGAGCCACAAAUCACCGAUUCGGGAAAUUACACAUGCUCGGCCAGCAAUACGGAGCCAGCGAGCAUUUACGUUUUCGUGUCAAAAGGCGAUAAUAUGGCGGCUAUAUCACGAAAGACUUCCUCGGCCGAUCGGAUUGCAGCGAUAUUCAAAUAUCUUUUGGCCCCUUGUGUGCUGGUGAAUACGCUGGGUAUAAGGCGCAUUUUUUUAACCUAAGACUUAAAUUAAACAUAACGAAUAAAUUAUAAAUAAUCCUAUUUAAGAUAUUUUCAAUUAAGAUCUA